AUGCCAAGGAUGACAUACUAGCAAGAAAUAAGAAAUCCAAUAAAGUUGAACUAAUAAGAGAUAGAAUAGUAAUUCAAUUAAAGACUCACAAAUAUGCCUAUGGAUGAUAAGUUUAAUUUUGAGGAUGAAAAUAUCCAUUAUCAAGAGUCAUUAACAUAAAAAGGAAAAUCUCAAGACAAAAAGAAUUAAAUUCCCUCAACUGAUAGAAGUUAAACAAGUCCUAGCGAUCAAGAAAUAACUUAAUCUUCUCCUAUCCAACUUUUAAAAAUCUCUUAAGAUCUAAAGAAAUUUGAACUUAGUGAAGAAGGUCUCAAAAUAUUAAGAUCCAUUGAUACUGAUAUUGGAAUUGUUGCAGUGACAGGUGCCCAAAGAACUGGAAAAAGUUUCAUCCUUAAUCUACUUUUAGACUAGCACGGUCAAAAAGGUUUCAAGAUAAGUCCCUCUACUAAGAGCUGCACACAAGGAAUAUGGAUAUGGGGAAAACCAAUAUUUGUUAAAAAUAGAAACAUGCAUAUAAUACUUUUGGACACAGAGGGAAGUGGAUCUUUGUAAAAGAAUUAAACUCAUGACUCUAAGAUUUUUGCUUUGGUUGUGCUCUUGAGUAGUUUCUUCAUUUUCAACUCUAUGCAAACUAUUGAUGAGAAUUCCAUAUCAUGUCUUUCGGUGGCAGCAGAAUUAUCAAAUUUUAUCAAAGUCAAAUCUUCAGGAAACGGGGAAUAAAUUUUAUAAUCUACGACACCGAAAUUUUUGUGGCUUCUCAGAGAUUUUGCAUUAGAAUUACAUGAAAACGGCAGAGAUAUCACAGAAAAUGAAUAUCUUGAAAAUAGGCUAUCUAAUUUCUCAAAGAGUACCAACGAGAGAAAUAAAAAGGUUCGAGAAGCAUUAUUAAAGCAUUUCUAGUAGAGAGAACUUAUAACUUUGGUUAGGCCUGUUGAUGAAGAAGAUCUACUUGUAAAAUUAGAUACACUUAGCUGGGAUUAGUAUAGAAAAGAAUUUAGAACAAAGGCAUCAAUACUAAAGCAUAAGGUCUUUUAUGAGACUCCUGCCAAAUAAAUGAAUAAUAAAUGUAUAAAUGGAAAAAUUUUAGCCGCUCUACUAUGGGAUAAUGUAUUGGAGAGGGAAACAUAGAGGGCAUUUGAAAAAGCUUAAAAAUUGAUAGAACACUCAUUCAAAAAAAUUUCAUAUCCUCAAGAAAUUUCAGACUUGCUUAAAAUUGCUAAUGAUGCUAUCUUUAUGCUAGACACAUAGGAGAAUUUCCUUGAUAAUAAGAUUGAUAAAUAAGAUGUUGAACUUAAAAAGAAAGAGAUUUAAAGGAUUAUUUAAGACAAAUUAUACGAGGCUAAGAAAAAAAAUCUCAGUGCAUCUCUAUAGUCUGUAGCACAAGCUGAUAAAUUAGCUUUUAAGAAUAUUGAGGAUAAGUUAGCCAGCAUUAAAAAUUCUUACAACGAAGAGAAUUUACCUUAACUGUAAUCUGAUUUACAUAGCUAUUUUAAAAAACUCAAGUAUGGAGCAACAGAAGGAGGUGGAGGACCAGCAUCUCUUCCAUUCAUCAAGGAGACGUUUAUAGAUAAAAUAUAGCAAAUCAACAAAAAUCUUAUAACUAAUCUCAAUCAAAAAUUCAGAGAAAAUAAAUCGAAUAAAGUUGUUGAUUAUGAAAAAUAUAAUGAAAAGCUUAUCCUAUUCAGAGACGAAUUGGAAGCUCUUGAAAGAGAGGAAAAGAUAUAGCAAGAUAAAAUUGUAAUGAUGAAGAGCAACUUUGAAUAAAAUGAAAAGAUGACCCAGAUGAGAAAAGAUAGAUUGAAGCAAAUUGAAGAAGAAAGAAAAAAACUUGAGGUUAAUGAAUUUUCGAAGAUUCAAUCAGUCAAACUUGAAGAUGUUAACAUUGAUAUCAUAGAUUCAGAUAGGAAAUAGUCUAGAUAGCUCAAGUAAUAAAUCUCAUAAAUAAAAGAAGAUAAUGAGGAAGAUUUUGAGGAAGAAUUAGAAUUAAGCUAGAGAAGGAAUAUAAAGUAGCAACUCAGAUAGCGAGAGGAAAAAGAUAGAAGAUAAUUUCAGCCAGAAUAGAAGCAAUCUAAGCUAAAGACUGUAGGAAGAAAGCAGUUUACAGAGGACGCAAAAUCAACCAGAUCAAACAAUAACAACAACUAAAAGUAAAAAUACGUCUUAAGCAGUAGUGAUGACCAAGAAUGA